CAGUGAAUUUGUGCAGAGAGAUCAAGAUGACCAGGCUGACAAUAUUUGCAGGCUUGUGCCUGGUGAUAUGCCAGCUGGGAUCGGCCACCCAAAUGGUGUGCUACUUCACAAACUGGUCUCAGUAUCGACCUGGAGAGGGGAAAUACAUGCCACAACAUGUGGACCCCUUCCUGUGCACCACCCUGAUCUAUGCCUUCUCUAUCAUCAACUCUAACAACGAACUGGUUACAUAUGAGUGGAAUGAUGACGUGCUGUACAAGUCUUUCAACGACCUGAAGACUAAGAACCCUCAUCUGAAGACUCUUCUGGCUGUCGGUGGAUGGAACUUUGGUUCACAACAGUUCUCCAUCAUGGUAUCCACUCCAGCUAACCGUCAGAAGUUUAUCCAGUCUACUAUCAAAUUCCUGAGGACUCAUGGUUUUGAUGGUCUUGAUCUGGAUUGGGAGUACCCCGGAGCUCGUGGAAGCCCCCCAAUAGACAAGCAGAGGUUCACUUUGCUCUGCAGGGAACUUGUUCAAGCCUAUGCUGCUGAGGCCAAGUCCACUGGCAACACUCAACUGAUGUUGACCGCUGCAGUGUCUGCUGGGAAGGGAACAAUCGAUGGAGGAUAUGAAAUUGCUGAGAUUGCCAAGGAACUGGACUUCAUCAAUGUGAUGACCUACGACUUCCACGGAACCUGGGAGCGGUUCACCGGACACAACAGUCCUCUGUUCCGUGGCUCCCAGGACUUUGGUGACCUCAUCUACUUCAACACUGACUAUGCUAUGAAGUAUUGGAGAGACAACGGCACCCCAGUGGAGAAGCUCAGGAUGGGUUUUGCCGCCUAUGGUCGUACCUUCCGUCUGACAUCAUCAAACACUGGAGUUGGAGCUCCAGCUAGUGGACCUGCAGCAGCUGGUCCAUUCACACGUGAAGCUGGAUUCUGGUCCUACUAUGAGAUCUGUGGCUUUUUGAAGGGAACGACCCUUCAGUGGAUCGAGGACCAGAAGGUUCCUUAUGCCACUAAAAACAACGAGUGGGUAGGAUUUGACACCAGGGAAAGCUAUGAGACCAAAGUGCGUUACCUGAAGGAGCAGAAGUUUGGCGGUGCUUUUGUGUGGGCCCUUGACUUGGAUGACUUUGCUGGACGGUUCUGUGGUGAGGGCAAACACCCUCUUCUGUCUCAUCUUCGCAAACUUCUCAAUAUUGAGCUGCCCCCACUUCCUCCGACCACAACCCCCAAACCAGGCGCUAGCACCACCUCCCGUCCCACCACAACCACCACAGCCACCACCCACGCCCCAGGAUCCGGGUUCUGCAACGGCAAACCCGACGGUCUGUAUCCCAACCCAGACGACAGGGCCAGCUUCUACAUGUGUGCAGGUGGCAUCACCCAUUUGAGGCAGUGUGGCUCUGGAUCUGUCUUUGAUGAUAGCUGUAAAUGCUGUGUGUGGCCAUGA